AUGACCAAUAACAUUCCUACUUUGGCUGCUACCUCUGCAACGACGACUACCUCUCCUACGAACAGUGAAUCCAGUAUGAUGAUGCAACCAGCAGGUGCUUGUUUUGGUGCUCCCGCAAAUCUUGUUGUUCACAUGUCCAAGAAUGUGGUUCCCUCAAUGAUCACUCAGGCUGAUGAUGAUCCACACCACUCCUCCCUCAAUAAUACCAACCAAGACUUGUCGAAUCAUCAUGAAGAAAGUCUCAACUCCCAUGAAGAUAGUAAUCCCAUCAUGAAUGAAGAUCCCAUGUUUUCUAAAUUUGUUUUCCCACCUGUAAACAAGACAAGAACGAUUCAAGAUUCUGAUCCCAUGAUGGAAUCCAAUUCUCUGUCGCAUCAUUUUCAUGAACAGCAACAACAUUCUCAUACACAACUUCAAUCGUCACCCCAUGAAAAACAUGUCACGUCCACCAUUGCCAAGAGAAGAAGAAAAAGUGUCAUUUCUGUAGUCCCUCAUCAGAUCACAUUCCCUCAUCAUCAUCCCAUCUCUGGAAGUGCUGUGUCACAUUCAUUAAGGAAACAUUCCAUCUCAUCGACUGAAUAUCAUAAUUUAAUGUCUUCACUGAAUCAGAAGAAAUCACCCAUUUCACAACAACACACAUCCUCAACGACAUCAACGACAUCCACCGCCUCAAGUAAAAGUCCCACACUCACCACCUCUUAUUCAUCCCAUAAUUCUAACCAUCCUCAUCAUAAUGAAGAUGAUGUCUUUGGUAUUCGAGAGCAAAUGAUGAAGAUGGAUCAAUCCACUAAUGCUUCCAUUAUUGAUGAAAAUACCAUCAUGAGUAUGGAUGAGGACGAAAAUGACUAUUACCCUUAUCGUCACGGAUUUAAUCAUCCAACAUUUUCGUUUAAGAAAGCAAUGCAGCAUGGUCCAUCUUCAUCAUCUCCAAUGCUCCAUUUUCACAAGAAUGUGUUAAACGUUGAGAAUAUUUCAAAAAUGGAUCAGAAUUCAAAUUCUUCUUCUUCGUCACUCUCUAAGCGUCGAUUGUCAUUUGUAGAUAUUGACUUGGAGAGUUUGUUUAAACAAAAGAUUCAAUAA